ACUAAAAUUAGAGUCACCGUAUCCGCAGCGGUGAUCCGACAAUCCUCAAAACCCUAAUCGAAACCCAGAAAACAUACAAUGGAGGAAGUACGGAAUCACCAAGAGGAACAUGUGCUACCCGCGAAGCGGAAACCCGACCCGGAGUUCGCCGUGGAAGCUGCUACCGAAGGACAAGAUGACGAGUCCAGCAAGAAGGCCAAACUCGAGAAUUCCGUCGACGGCGCCGCCGAAGACAAGAAGAUCGGCAAAGGCUCUCAGAACGAUGUCUGUUCUGUGAAAGAUGAGGAAGACCAGGACGAGGACGACGAAGAGGAUUACAAGUUGGAAGAAGAAGAAGAAGAGGAUGAAGACGAGCAGUCUAAUGGAGAGGCCGAAAUCGACCGAAAAGGGAAGGCAAUUCGGAGUGACGACAAGGGGAAGGGAAAAUUGGUCGAGGAGUCAGUUGAGGAUUCUGACUCUGACUCCGAUUCUAGUGCAAUUGGGAGUGAUUCUGAUGCUGAUGGUGAAAGCGACCUAUCCGACGAUCCUCUCGCUGAGGUCGAUUUGGACAACAUUCUCCCUUCCAGGACUCGGCGGCGUUCAGUUCAUCCAGGAGUUUUCAUUUCCAGUGCUGCAGGUAAUCCGAAACAUGACGGUGAUAGCGAUGCUUAACUGAUUUCUAUUUCUCUGAAAAUUUUGGAAGUCAAAAUAUUAGUGUCACCUUCAAACCUUAAGCUCUGGUUUCAGAGACCUAUGUUUCCUUAGUUCUGUACUUCUGUAUUGCUCGAUCAGUGCUAUAUUUGCUGCCUGCUUACAUUUGAUAAAUCCUGAAAAUUGCAUUGCACAAUUGUGAAUGUUAACGAGCCCCUGUUUGUUCUUCUCAAUGUUUUCCUUGCUGGAAUUACUAUAAUGUGAUUGGGAGAGGGUAUUUUGAACUCUUACAAAUCAAUUAGUCAAGUGUAAAAUGUGUUA